CCUUUACACAUGAUAAUGUCGUUUGGUUACAUCGCGGACCCGAGUGUUACCGAAUUAACUCGGAACCUUUCGUCUAACGUAAUGACGUCAGGCUACGUUUCCUGUUGCACGUAACGGUUCAGUCUCUGUGGUGUCUUGGCAGUUAGCAGGUGUUAAUAAUGAUGGAGAAUGGUGAGGGAGAGAAGACAGCUGCUUCAGAGCCAGUGCUUCAUACACAGCCGCUGUGCCGCUUCUUCUCUCAAGGAAGACACUGCAACUUUGGGAAGAGAUGCAAAUUCCUACACAUUAGAGAUGACGCCAGAGCUUAUGAGAGGAAAACCAUCAGGACACCCAGCCAGUCAGAUGUCACAUCUCCAAACUUAGAGGUUCCUGGAGGAGAUAUGGGACCUCCUCCUCCAAAUAACCCCAGGGUUGCUCCAGCAGCUGGCCGCCGCCCCUGUCGCUACUUUAUCUCAGGCCACUGCACCAUGGAAGACAGAUGUCGCUUCUGGCAUCCACCACAGUUCCCCCCAGUGGAUGACCACCCUGUUCCUAGGAUUAACCCAAGACCAGCGCUGAGUAUGCCACCAGUACCCCGCCCCGGCACUCUCCAGGAGGUCAAGCUGCGUGACCUGACAGAGGAUGUGGCCAAGCAGCUACGAGACACAGAGAUCAAGCAGUUGAAGAAGCGUUUUCCAAAAGAUCAACUGAUUAUUCAGGAACGUGAUGAUGGCAAAGUUACUUAUUACAGAGUGACUGUAGAGGCCACUGAUCCAGACUGGCCUUUUGAUCUGAAACAAGUCGACAUCAUGGUGAGCUUCCCAGACAGUUACCCCCUGGAGAUUUUCACAUUGGACAUACCGUUGGACCAGGAGCUGCCACCAGUUAUGGCAAGACAUGUACAGCAAGUGUCACUGGAGUGGCUCCAAGCCAAGCAUGCAACCAAUCAGCUUCUGGGAAAGCUGGAGCUGCUCUUCCGGCCUUUUCUUCGCUGGCUAGAUCGAAGUUUGGAGAGACUGUUCACUGAAGGAGCCCGGCAGUUGAAAAAAGACAUCGACUUAGAAAAAGCGGGGUUGCAGUUCAUAUCAUACCAGGAACUCCAGGCAGCAGUGUGCGAAAAAUCUGGGAAUGAUCAGUCAUCUGACGCCGCUGCUGGAGAUGAGGAUGUGUGUGACGAAGGCAAACUGGAAAACACAGAGGACAAGGGGACAAUAGAGGGGGGAAAGUUAGUGCAACAGGAGGGUCCAGGUCAGCAGGAGCACGAGGAGGAGGAGGAGGCGGCCUGUCAUCUGGUGGAGAACAUUAAGAUCAGUGACCCCCGCAGAGGCACAGAGGUGAAGCUGCUGGGACUAAGGCUGGGAGAGAACACAGCCACCGUAGCGGCCCAACAAAUCACUGUUUGUCUUCAAUGUAACAGGUGUAAGGUGACUGCAGACCUGACACUGACUGGAAGAGCACCCUGCAGCGCUCAGUGUGAAAAGUGCAGUGCUAGCAUCAAUGCUGCAUUCAGGCCCUGCUUGCUGCACCAUUACUGUGAUGUCCUGGGAUACCUGGACCUUCACAAUGCUGCACCUGCCGACCUUGUGCUCCAGGACUGUGACUUCAUUGUGGGCUGCCUCAGCUGCUCCCAGGAGGGCCCUGUGCUGAACGUCUCCUAUGGUCAAACAAAGGAGUUUAACUGUGAACACUGCCACAACAAGCUCAGUAUUCUGGCUGAAAGCACAAGAUUCCAGUAUAUUCCCCCGCGCGUCAACAAAACAGGUCAAAGUGCCGGCACUGUUAAUUACAAGAUGAUAAGAGAUCCAGCCGUGCAGAAGGGGAAGCCACUGCCAGAAAAGGGAGCAUGCAAGCAUUACAAACAGAGCCAUCGCUGGCUAAGGUUUCCAUGCUGCGGCCGAGCUUACCCCUGCGACGUGUGCCACGACGUGGAUCAGGACCACCCCAUGGAACUGGCAACCAGAAUGAUUUGUGGCCACUGUGCCAAAGAACAGCCGUACAGCAAUGGAAAGCCUUGCGUCAGCUGUGGAAGCAUGAUGACGAGAGGUGCACGCACCAGCCACUGGGAGGGAGGACUGGGAUGCAGGAACAAAACCAAAAUGAGCAGAAAUGAUCGACAAAAGUAUGCCAGCACCAACAAAACGGUUUCAAGGAAGGCUCUGGCUGAAAAGAAGUAGCUGGUGAAGAAGAGCAUUAUCGCCUUAACUUGUGAAAAGACAGACUGAUACAUGAUUUCAAUGAAAUU